AUGAGCACAGGACUUGCUAAACCUAAAAAACUGAAACUCACAGAUUAUGAAGUCUUUCAAACCUUGGGUACUGGUUCAUUCGGAAGAGUGAAACUGGCAAGGAAUAAACAAACCAAUAAAUAUGUUGCCUUGAAAAGUCUAAAAAAAGCAGAGAUCAUCAGACUCAAACAAGUUGAUCAUGUGAUUAAUGAAAACACCAUAUUGGGAAAUUUACAGCAUCCAUUUAUUGUAACUUUUGAAGGCUUCUGCCAAGAUCCAAGAUAUCUCUAUUUAGUCUUAGAAUUCGUGUCUGGAGGAGAGUUGUUCACUUACCUAAGAAGCAUCGGAAGACUCGAUACUUCACAUGCAGCUUUUUAUGGUGCCCAAGUUGCCUCCAUGUUCGAGUACCUGCAUUCCAAGAACAUCAUCUACAGGGAUCUUAAACCAGAGAACUUAUUGAUUGCAGAUGAUGGAUAUCUCAAAUUAACAGAUUUCGGCUUCGCUAAAGUUGUAGAGGGAAGAACCUAUACAUUGUGUGGAACCCCAGAGUAUUUGGCUCCAGAAAUUCUAUUGAACAAAGGACACGGCAAGGCUGUCGAUUGGUGGACUUUGGGAAUUUUAAUUUAUGAAAUGAAUGCAGGAAUCGAUCCCUUCUCAGAUGAAGAUCCCAUGGCCAUUUAUCAAAAGAUCUUGAAAGGCAAGGUUAAAUUCCCAAAAAGCUUUGACAAGAAUGCAAAGUCUUUGGUCAAGCAUUUACUUGUGGCUGAUCUUUCUAAAAGAUAUGGAAAUUUAAAAAAUGGCGCUGCUGAUGUUAAAAAUCAUAGAUGGUUUGCAAGUCUAGAUUGGAAUCUCCUUACUCAAAAGAAAUUACCCGUUCCAUAUAAGCCAGUUGUGAAAGCUCCAAAUGAUACAUCCAAUUUUUCAUCCUACCCAGAAUCCGACACCCAAAGCCCUGCUCUUAAACCAGCAGACGAUCCCUUCUUAGAAUGGUGA